UCUCAUCGCAUAGUGGCAUGAUGUGGUGAUGUUGUUGCGAGUGCACUUGACAUCGUUGUUGUCAUCGUCAAAGCUUCUAGAUUAGGAACAAUUGUAAGAGUGUUGGAAUUUUUAACGGAAGUACACAACCUUAAAGACAUUCCUUAUGCCGGAAUAGGUUAUGCUGAGGUUGCACAAUAUUGCAUUACUUUUCUUAACAAUACGGUGUUAAGAGGAUCAGUUGUUGAGUCCUUGCUCUCGUCUCUUCCAUUUGCCAGACGGUCUCUCUCUCUCUCUCUCUCUCUCGUUGAAAUCUAGUGGCUGUUUCUAGGACUUGCAACUCCGUCGUUACUACAGUUCGCUGAAUCUACCUCCCUUAUCAGUGGGUCUUUGUCUCCGAAACAUCGACUGAUGCGGAUUCUUGUAUGUAUUUUCUACGUGUGUGAAUCUCUCGGUCAGAUGUAAUUUCUCGGAAUCGAAGCAGCUCGUUUUAAUGCCUGUUUAUUCGUUUUGCUCCGGCGCUGCGACUUCACUAAUGCUAGCAUCCGAUGAACAGUUGCCGGUGUGGUAUGUGCCCUUCGCCUUUAGUCGGCCGGAGGCCAUUCGUCAGCUCGGUAUAGUAGACGUGUGCGUGAUUUGCGGUGCGCGACUUGAACAUUGUACAUCGAUCAACCAAAGCAAGGACAAGUCGGUUUGUCAGUCGGUUCGUACCGGCCCCAGGUGUGUGCCAGUGAAGUGAACAACCACACAACACAAUCAACCAUGGAGAUGCAACCUGCAGCUAGCAAUAUUACAGGCUUUUGGCUACAAACAGUGCUGUACAUGAUGCAUCAUGAGUACAACAAUUCGCUUAUCAACGUUAUCCACAAUAAAUCGCUCAGUGCGGAAAGUAACAUGACUAGCGGUGAAUUCUCUCGGCCCGAGCAUACGCGAUGUUACGGUGUAUAUGGAUGCUUCCCGAUAACCUAUCCCUGGAUAGACGAGAAGCGACCGGUUGCCUACCAUCCAUGGUCACCGGCACAGGUAGACGUACGGUAUCCGGUGUUCGUGAAGUCUAACACCGAUUAUCCAAAGUUCAUCGAUGUCAACAAUCCGGCAAGCGUACGCCAUCUUGGUAUUAAUCCUAACGGACGCAUCUACUUCAUCACGCACGGUUACGUGGAGUCGGGUGAUCGACCCUGGAUUCAGCAAAUGGUGAACGCUUUGAUCGACAAUGAUCCGGACCGUACGGCAAGCUGCGUAGUGAUCGACUGGCGGAAAGCAUCCAACCCACCGUACACACAGACCUGCGCUAACAUUCGGCUGAUCGGUGCGAUUACGGCGCAUGUCAUCUACUUGCUAUAUGAAGAGCUUAACCUGAAGAACUUGGACAAGGUGCAUCUCUUGGGCCAUUCGCUCGGGUCCCAUCUGUGCGGAUACGCCGGCCACCAUCUGCAGAGCGUGUUUGGGCUAAAGUUGGGCCGUAUCACGGGCCUAGAUCCGGCCGAACCACUGUUUUCCGACACGGAUCCGCUGGUGCGGCUGGAUCAGAGCGAUGCCAAGUUUGUGGACGUGAUACACUCGGACGCUUCCGAGUGGGUUAGCAAGGGUGGGCUUGGGAUGUAUCAACCGAUCGGGCACGUUGACUUCUACCCGAACGGUGGCUACAAUCAGCCGGGAUGUAGUGAUCCGAUGAACAAGUUCAUCAGCAAGCACGAGGAUUCAUUUUUCUGGGGCUUCCAGGAAUUCUUCGGCUGCAAUCAUCUGCGGUGCCAUCAAUUCUUCACCGACAGCAUACUGCACAAGUGUCCGUUCGUGGGGAUUGCGUGCGAAUCGUACUCCCAUUUUCUGCGCGGUGAAUGUUUCGAGUGUGACCGGCACGGGCACUAUUGCAUCGAGUUCGGGCUGAAGGCACAGGAGAGCUACAACAGAUUGAUAGAGAACGGUGUGCUGAAAAAUCCUAACGCACCGCUUAGUGUGUACAUGAUUACCGGAGCUGAUCCACCAUAUUGCCGAUCACAUUUCCGUGUCACGAUGAGUGUUUCCGAUGACGAGGAGAGUCUUAUACACGGUGGAGAGAUGGGCAAAAUGGCGAUCGAGCUGCACGGUGAAGGUGGUGUACGGUCGGGCAAGAUGGACUUCUCCAAGAAUCCGGUGUACUUCGAACCGGGCGGUAACUAUUCGGCGAUUCUGGCGGGUAUGCACGUCAACAAGCCGCUCAAGGUGAUGCUCACCUGGGAGUAUCGGACAAAUCCGCUGAAUCCGUUGACGUGGCGUUUGCUGGUCGUACCGCGCGUCUACGUACAGCGGAUCGUGGUGCAGAUGAUGGAGAAGCGGGUUAGCUUCGUGGUGUGUCCGCUUAAUCAUGCACCGGUGCGGGCUGAUCAGGAGAACGAGUUUAAAAGUGAAUACUGUACAUAGUGAGGUACCGACGCCAUUUUGUUUAGUUAUUCUGCAUUUUAAUAAACUAGAAUGGACCCAUAAGAUUUUUAUGCUGGAGAAGAGUACAUGCAGAAUAA